AUGGAUCAAAAACUUAGAAGCCAGGUCAUUGAGGUUGUGGGGCGCAUUAAUGGAAGAUUUGGAACUCUUACUGAUGUACCGAUACAUCAUCUGCUCAAGAUCCAUUUUACAUCGUCAAAGAAGAGAUUCAAGACUCUAUUGAUAAAUUGCAAGCAAGUUUUCACCAAUGAGAAAGGAUUCCUCCUGGAAGUGGUGAGCAAGUUCAUCUCACCAAAGAUCUGCUUGCUAGUUGUGAGAGCAUCGAUUGGCAGGAAUGUGGAUGAAUUGGACAAAGCAAUUUCGGUAGCAGCUAGAGAUCCUUCUUGGUAUGGCAUCGAUGAAGUUGAGCUCGAAAGCAGGAGGAAAUGGACCGCUAAUGCUCGUAUUCAGGUGGCUGAUGUCAAGAAAGCUGUUGGAGCUGAAAAAGAGAAUGAUAGUAGUGCAAGUGCGAUACGUCGAGAAUUAAUGAGACUGCCAAAUUCUCAGCAACCAGAUAUGCCCGACCACUAUAGUGCAAAAAAUACUGAUGACUUUAUAGCAUCGGAGUCAGAUAGACAAACGCUUCUUAUAAAGCAGCAGGAAGAGGAGUUGGAGGAGCUUAACGCAAGUGUUCAGAGAAUCGGAGGCGUCGGGCUUACUAUACAUGAAGAACUCCUUGCACAGGAGAAGAUAUUAGAUGAGUUAGGUACUGAAAUGGACGGCACAAAAAACCAACUGGAUUUUGCUCAGGUAAUUUUUUUCCACAAUCUGCAAUUAGAAAUAUUAAAUAUUUGAUCUUAUUU